UUAUCUUUUGAGUUUUGGCUGUCAAUAGGGAAUUUCUUAUUAGUUGGGUUAAGUCUAAGCUGCAGUGUGCACUGAGAUUGCGAAGAAGACAAUCCAUGGCGGCAUCCGUAGCUUCCCCUCCAGUGAUCAAAGUCGCUGCGCUCUGUGGCUCCCUCCGAAAGGGCUCCUACAACCGUGGUCUCCUCCGUGCCGCCAUAGACAUUUCGAAGUCCAUUAAUGGUUUGGAGAUCGAGUAUGUGGAUAUAUCACCAUUGCCGUUUGUCAACACUGAUCUUGAGGUUAAUGGGACAUACCCGCCUGCAGUAGAGGCUUUCAGGCAGAAGAUUCUUGCCGCCGACAGCAUACUCUUUGCUUCACCGGAAUACAAUUAUUCAAUGACCGGUCCUUUAAAAAAUGCAAUUGAUUGGGCAUCUAGGCCCCCGAAUGUUUGGGGGGACAAAGCAGCAGCAAUUGUAAGCGCCGGAGGAGGGUUUGGUGGCGGCAGAUCUCAGUAUCAUCUCCGCCAGACGGGAGUGUACAUUGAUCUGCAUUUCAUCAACAAGCCCGAGUUCUUCCUCAAUGCAUUCCAAGCUCCUGCCAAAUUCGACAGUGAUGGGAACUUGAUCGAUGAAUCGGCCAAGGAGAGAUUGAAGGAGGUUCUCUUGUCGUUAUACGCCUUUACCCUCCGGCUCCAAGGUAAGUCUGCUUAAGCUUGCUCGAACUUUUAUUAUACAGAAUGAGAUUCUUGUGUGAUUGAAUAAAAUCCAUUGUACAUCAAACUUGGAAAGUGUUGCUUGCCUACCUGAAGUUGCUAUGGCUUGAAAGUUGAAACCAA